UUUGCCCCCUUCUUGUCUUCCUCUUCCCUUCCGUUCCCUUCCCAUUCCCACAGCCUCCGCUCCUUCACACACGCACAGCACAAGCACGCAUCCCACAUACCAACCCAGAGCCUCUCUCUCACACAGGUAGAGGGGGAGAGGGGAAGAGGGAGGGAGCGCGAUGUCGGUGGGGAGCGGGUGCAUUCCGGCGAUCCCGGGCGUGGCCCCGCCGCCGAGGGCCGGGCUGCUCGGGGGCGCCUUCCUGCAGGUGGCCGCGGCGCGGCCGCGGGCCGGGCGGUGCCGCGCCACGCAGCAAGGGCGCGUGAGGCUCGGCGGCCGCGUCGUGGCCCGGGCUGGCGCGGCCGAGACUCCGGUGGCUGGCGCCGACGAGGACGCCGGAGCGGUGUUCUCCGAGAAGUUCCCCCUGCGCCGAUGUCAAACGGUGGAAGGGAAGGCGUGGGUGAGGGUGGACGCGGAGCCGGAUGGGGACGGCAAGUGCAAGGUCGUGGUGGGAUGCGAUGUGGCGGGGAAGUGGAUACUGCACUGGGGUGUCUCUUACGACGGUGAGCAUGAGAGCGAGUGGGAUCAGCCUCCUUCAGAAAUGAGACCACCUGGUUCUGUUCCAAUCAAGGACUAUGCCAUUGAAACACCAUUGGAGAUUUUACCUAAUUCGGAGGGCCGGUAUGAAGUGCAAAUCAAAUUUGAUAUGGACACUCCAGUUGCAGCCAUCAAUUUUGUCCUCAAGGAAGAGGAAACAGGUGCAUGGUUUCAGCAUAAGGGCAGGGAUUUCAGAAUACCCUUAAGUGGAUCCUCCGACGGUGGAGUUCCAUUUGGAGCGACCGAAGAUAUUGGUGUAUGGCCAGGAGAUUUGGGGCAGUUGAAGAAACAUGAAGGAUCUAAUGCUCAGCCACAAGAAACUAUACCUGGGGGUAAAGGUUUAAGUGGAAAACAUAUUUCAGGGUUCUACCAGGAAUUCCAAAUUAUAAAAUCAGAGUACACUCAUAACUUUGUAACUGUUACUGUGAAGAGGGAUAAUGAAACACAUAAAAGGCGUGUGGAAUUUGACACUGAUAUUCCUGGAGAAGUUAUCAUUCAUUGGGGAGUUUGCAGAGACAAUAACAUGACAUGGGAGAUCCCGCCAGAACCACAUCCACCGACAACGAGAAUCUUCCGACAGAAAGCUCUUCAGACCUUGCUACAGGCAAAAGCUGAUGGAAGAGGCAAUUAUUUAUCAUUCUUACUAGAUGCAGAGUAUUCUGGUCUGUUUUUUGUGCUCAAACUUGAUGAGUAUACUUGGUUGAGAAAUCUGGACAAUGGAUCCGAUUUCUUCAUUUCUCUUACAAGAAUGGAACAACGUGGAAGCACCCAAGAUCCUGGUAAGGUUGAGCCACAAAAAGUUGAUAAGCCUUCACAACCUGAUGGUAUAAUCAGUGAUAUAAGAAAUCUGGUGGUUGGCCUAUCGUCUAGAAGAGGUCAGAGAGCUAAGAAUAAAGUACUGCAAGAGGAUAUCCUGCAAGAAAUUGAAAGGCUAGCAGCAGAAGCUUAUAGCAUUUUUAGGAGCCCUACUAUUGAUUCCGUUGAGGCGUCUGUAGAUCUCGAUGAUCAAUCAAUCGUAAAGCCAGCUUGUUCUGGCACUGGAUCUGGCUUCGAAAUAUUGUGCCAAGGAUUUAAUUGGGAAUCUCAUAAGUCAGGGAAAUGGUAUGUGGAACUUGGUAAAAAGGCCAAGGAGUUGUCAUCCCUUGGUUUUACCAUUGUUUGGUCACCACCACCUACUGAUUCUGUGUCACCUGAAGGAUACAUGCCAAGGGAUUUAUAUAAUCUGAACUCCAGAUAUGGGACCAUGGAUGAGUUGAAGGAGCUUGUGAAGAUUUUCCAUGAAGCUGACAUCAAGGUUCUUGGUGAUGCUGUUCUAAAUCACAGGUGUGCUCAGUUUCAGAAUAACAAUGGUGUCUGGAAUAUUUUUGGUGGCCGUAUGAACUGGGAUGAUCGAGCGGUUGUAGCAGAUGAUCCACAUUUCCAGGGAAGAGGAAACAAGAGUAGUGGAGAUAACUUCCAUGCAGCACCAAACAUUGAUCACUCCCAGGAGUUUGUGAGGAAUGAUCUUAAGGAAUGGCUUUGCUGGAUGAGAAAGGAAGUAGGAUAUGAUGGAUGGAGACUUGACUUUGUUCGUGGUUUUUGGGGUGGAUAUGUCAAAGAUUAUUUGGAAGCAAGUGAGCCAUACUUUGCAGUAGGAGAGUACUGGGACUCCCUCAGUUACACUUAUGGUGAAAUGGACUACAAUCAAGAUGCCCACAGGCAGAGAAUUGUUGAUUGGAUAAAUGCUACAAAUGGAACUGCCGGUGCAUUUGAUGUCACUACCAAAGGAAUACUUCAUGCGGCACUUGAAAGAUCUGAGUAUUGGCGCUUGUCUGAUGAAAAAGGAAAACCCCCUGGAGUAUUGGGUUGGUGGCCUUCCCGAGCUGUCACAUUCAUAGAGAAUCAUGAUACUGGCUCUACUCAGGGUCAUUGGAGAUUCCCCUAUGGUAUGGAGUUGCAAGGAUAUGCCUACAUCCUGACGCACCCUGGCACUCCAGCAGUCUUCUAUGAUCACAUUUUUUCGCACUUACAACCAGAGAUCGCCAAAUUUAUCAACAUCCGACAACGUCAAAAGAUUCAUUGCCGCAGCAAGAUCAAGAUACUCAAGGCAGAAAGGAGUUUAUAUGCUGCUGAAAUCGAUGAGAAGUUAAUAAUGAAAAUAGGCUCAGAACAUUUUGAGCCAAGCGGUCCCCAGAACUGGAUUGUCGCUGCUGAGGGUCAAGAAUACAAAAUCUGGGAAGUGUCUUCAUAGGCCUGACUGGCCUAACUGCAGGUAUAGCUCAUGGGGGAUGUUUGGAUGGUCCAGAUUGAAAUGCAAAUCCCUAGGAUUUAGUUCACAUAUGAACUGAAUCUGAAAUUCCUAGAGCAAUCUGCUUCCAAACGAGCUAGAAGAAAGUUGAAUUGCAUAAUGCUAGGAAAUGGCGUCAGAAUGGUCAAGCUGACGGCCUGCUGCUGACAAGCAAGAGAGGCAACAGCAAGAGCUAUGGCGAUGGUCCGAUGGAAGCAUUUGCCGUACAGAACUGUGCUGACGCGAUGCUAUAUAUAAUACAGUCGAACAUUUGAUAUGAUGCAGAACUACCUGUUAUGUAGGCACAUUGCCCAUUCAUCUAGCUCUGUUGUGCUUAUCAGCACCUAUGCAGAUAUGCCUCCAAUAUGUUGGUGCUAUGUAAUACUAUGCACAUUUGCGAAGUAUAUAUGAAAGUCUGAAGUUGCAUCGUGCA